GUUUUAUCUCACACACUUAUUUCUCUCUCUCUCUUUUUUUUUUUUUGAUUAAUCAAUCAUGAAUUAUCAAUUGGUCUACAAUAAAAUUCAGCAAUACGUGGAGAAAUACGUGUUAACGCCCACUGGACUUGAUGCACCCACGGCAAAAAAACUCUCUGUGCAAUUGGGUGUAUCUACCGUCAUCAUCUAUUACUUUUACAAACUUAUCCUUUAUCGACUUUACAUCCACCCUGCCAAUCGAAUUCCUGGUCCUAAAGUCAGCUGGAUUCCCUUCAUGGGUAAUUUUUUUGAAAUUAUGAAGGAAGAGGCCGGUGUCUCUCAUAAACGCUGGACGAAACAGUACGGUGGCAUUGUCUCUUAUCACGGUCAAUGGAACCAACCUCGCGUUGUUGUCACCGAUCCUCUCUUGUUAAAGCAAUUAUUGACAACAGACGAAUAUGAUUACAUCAAAUCACCGGAGACAGUUGAUUUCUUACGUCGCACAUUGGGCAAUGGUUUGCUGGUAGCGGAAGGUGACACACAUCGCCAUCAACGUAAGAUGUUAAACCCCGCUUUUUCUGUCAAUGCGAUUCGAUCCGUUCUACCUCUAAUGGCAAAACCAGGUCAUCGCUUACGAGAUAACUGGUUAAGUGCCAUCCAGUCUGAAGAAAACAAGGUGGAUAAUGACUGUACGGAGGUAGAAGUCUCGACUGGACUUUCUUUGGCUACAUUGGAUGUGAUUGGUUGGGCAUUUGGUCAAGACUUCAAAUCGUUAGAAUUUGCGGGAACUCCUUAUCAAAGUAAACUCAGUCAGGCGUAUCUCCAUUUGUUCUCUAACGAUGUCUCGUUUAUGCGGCUGUUGACCUUUUUGUUCCCCCUUUUCAGACAUUUACCCACGUCCAGAAAUAGGUUGGUCCGCAGGGAUUUAAAAUGGUUGGAUGAAGAAAGUAGAGCAUUGGUUCAGGUGGGUAUUGAAAGAGCAGCUAAAGCAAAGGAGUCCGGUGUAAAUGAAAAUAAACCAAAAGACCUUUUAGCUACCAUGGUUGAUCUCAUUGAUGAAGAAACUGGUCAAGGUUUUACUGCGGAUGAGUUAAAGAACCAGUGUCUCACCUUUUUGGCUGCCGGACACGAAACGACCAGUGUAAGCUUGAGUUGGGCACUUUGGUUGUUAGCAAAAGACCAAGUUGUUCAGGAUGAAUUACGAAAGGAAGUACUUACGUUGUUCAAAAAUGAUGAAGUUCCUUCUUAUGAAGCUAUCAAUGCUUUACCCUUAUUAAAUAACGUAGUACGUGAGACCUUACGAUUGAUUCCUCCCGUACCAGUAACGAGCCGAGUGACGCGAGUAACUACGGUGCUGGGAUCACACGUGCUGCCGAUGGGAACCCAAAUCAUUAUCUCGGCAAUCACUUCGCAUCAUUCUACCGAGAUUUGGGGUGAUGAUGCAGAAGAAUUUAACCCAAAGCGUUGGGAAAACUCAGAAAGAUUAGGAAAUGCGUAUGAAUACAUGCCCUUCUUAGCGGGUGGUCGACAAUGCAUUGGAUAUAAGUUUGCUUUGGUGGAAUUCAAAGUGUUGUUGGCGAUUCUCGUACGAGAUAUUCAAUACUUUGAAAAACCCGAUUUUAAAGUCUCCAAGAAGCAGCAACUUACACUCAGACCUUCUCCUAAUAUGACACUUUGGCUCAAGCCUGUUAUUAAUUAAAUAAAAUGUAUAUCUCUACUUGUUUA